GCGGCGCCGCCUGCCCAGGCCCGGACCGGGCUUUGUCCGCCCUGGAGCCCCUGCCUGCGCCGCGGAGACCCCGGAGCCGGCGCUCCGAGGCCACCCCGGGCCGGGAUUUCCCGUGAGGCCCGCGGAGCUGCGCAGAGGGAGGAGGCCCCAGGCCCGGGCGCCCCGCCAGCCCAGCUGCAAGUAAGCAGACACUGCAGGAGCUGAAGAUGGCGAGCUCCGUGGCACCCUACGAGCAGCUGGUACGGCAGGUGGAGGCCUUGAAGGCUGAGAACAGUCACCUGAGGCAGGAGCUACGGGACAACUCUAGCCACCUGUCCAAGCUGGAGACAGAGACGUCAGGCAUGAAGGAGGUCCUGAAGCACCUACAGGGAAAACUGGAGCAGGAGGCCCGAGUGCUGGUGUCCUCGGGGCAGACGGAGGUGCUGGAGCAGUUGAAGGCCCUGCAGAUGGACAUCACCAGCCUGUACAACCUCAAGUUCCAGCCGCCCGCCCUGGGCCCGGAACCUGCCUCCCGGACCCCCGAGGGCAGCCCGGUACACGGCUCCGGGCCUUCCAAGGACAGCUUUGGGGAGCUGAGCCGGGCCACCAUCCGGCUGCUGGAGGAACUGGACCGGGAACGGUGUUUCCUGCUGAAUGAGAUUGAGAAGGAGGAGAAGGAGAAGCUCUGGUACUACUCUCAGCUGCAGGGCCUGUCCAAGCGCCUGGACGAGCUGCCGCACGUGGAGACGCAGUUCUCGAUGCAGAUGGACCUGAUCCGGCAGCAACUUGAGUUCGAGGCCCAGCACAUCCGCUCGCUGAUGGAGGAGCGCUUCGGCACCUCGGACGAGAUGGUGCAGCGGGCACAGAUCCGCGCCUCGCGCCUGGAGCAGAUUGACAAGGAGCUGCUGGAGGCGCAGGACCGAGUGCAGCAGACAGAGCCCCAGGCCUUGCUGGCGGUGAAGUCGGUGCCGGUGGACGAGGACCCGGAGACAGAGGUCCCCACACACCCUGAGGAUGGCACCCCUCAGCCGGGCAACAGCAAGGUGGAGGUGGUCUUCUGGCUGUUGUCCAUGUUGGCGACGCGCGACCAGGAGGAUACAGCGCGCACGCUACUGGCCAUGUCAAGCUCGCCCGAGAGCUGCGUGGCCAUGCGCCGCUCGGGCUGUCUGCCACUGCUGCUGCAAAUCCUCCACGGCACUGAGGCCGCGGCCGGGGGUCGCGCCGGGGCCCCAGGAGCACCGGGCGCCAAAGACGCACGCAUGCGCGCCAACGCGGCGCUGCACAACAUCGUCUUCUCGCAGCCGGACCAGGGCCUGGCGCGCAAGGAGAUGCGCGUCCUGCACGUGCUGGAGCAGAUCCGUGCCUACUGCGAGACCUGCUGGGACUGGCUGCAGGCCCGAGACGGGGCGCCCGAGGGAGGCGGCGCCAGCGGCGCCCCGGUCCCCAUCGAGCCGCAGAUCUGCCAGGCCACCUGUGCGGUUAUGAAGCUGUCCUUUGACGAGGAGUACCGCCGUGCCAUGAACGAGCUAGGUGGGCUGCAGGCCGUGGCAGAGCUGCUGCAGGUUGACUAUGAGAUGCACAAGAUGACCCGGGACCCGCUGAACCUGGCGCUGCGCCGCUACGCGGGCAUGACCCUCACCAACCUCACCUUUGGGGAUGUUGCCAACAAGGCCACCCUGUGUGCGCGCCGGGGCUGCAUGGAGGCCAUCGUGGCCCAGCUGGCCUCGGACAGUGAGGAGCUCCACCAGGUGGUGUCCAGCAUCCUUCGGAACUUGUCCUGGAGGGCCGACAUCAACAGCAAGAAGGUGCUGAGGGAGGCGGGCAGCGUGACAGCCCUGGUGCAGUGUGUCCUGCGGGCCACCAAGGAGUCCACCCUGAAGAGUGUGCUGAGUGCCCUGUGGAAUCUGUCUGCACACAGCACGGAGAACAAGGCGGCCAUCUGCCAGGUGGACGGCGCCCUGGGCUUCCUGGUGAGCACCCUGACCUACAAGUGCCAGAGCAACUCGCUGGCCAUCAUCGAGAGCGGUGGCGGCAUCCUCCGUAACGUAUCCAGCCUCAUCGCUACCCGUGAGGACUACAGGCAGGUGCUCCGGGAUCACAACUGCCUGCAGACGCUGUUGCAGCAUCUGACCUCGCACAGCCUGACCAUCGUGAGCAACGCAUGUGGCACACUCUGGAACCUAUCGGCCCGCAGCGCGCGAGACCAGGAGCUGCUGUGGGACCUGGGCGCCGUCGGCAUGCUACGCAAUCUGGUGCACUCCAAACACAAGAUGAUCGCCAUGGGCAGCGCCGCCGCCCUGCGCAACCUGCUGGCCCAUCGACCUGCCAAGCACCAGGCGGCCGCCACCGCCGUGUCCCCAGGCAGCUGCGUGCCCAGCCUGUACGUGCGCAAGCAGCGGGCGCUGGAGGCCGAGCUGGACGCACGGCACCUGGCGCAGGCGCUGGAGCACCUGGAGAAGCAUCGCCCGCCAGCAGCCGAGGCCACCACCAAGAAGCCGCUGCCGCCCCUGCGACACCUGGACGGCCUGGCCCAAGACUAUGCUUCCGAUUCUGGCUGCUUUGACGACGACGAUGCACCAUCAUCCCUGGCCGCGGCCGCAGCCACCGGGGAGCCAGCCAGCCCUGCCGCGUUGUCCCUCUUCCUGGGCAGCCCCUUCCUGCAGGGGCAGGCGCUGGCCCGCACCCCUCCCACCCGCCGAGGCGGCAAGGAGGCAGAGAAGGACGCCAGUGGGGAGGCUGCCGUGGCGGCCAAGGCCAAGGCAAAGCUGGCACUUGCAGUGGCGCGCAUCGACCAGCUGGUGGAGGACAUCUCCGCCCUGCAUACCUCGUCCGACGAUAGCUUCAGCCUCAGCUCUGGAGACCCGGGACAGGAGGCGCCACGGGAGGGCCGCGCCCAGUCGUGCUCCCCAUGCCGCGGCCCGGACGCCGGGCGGCGAGAGGCAGGAAGCCGGGCGCACCCGCUGCUGCGGCUCAAGGCGGCCCACGCCAGCCUCUCCAACGACAGCCUCAACAGUGGCAGUGCCAGCGACGGGUACUGCCCACGCGAACACAUGCUGCCCUGCCCACUGGCCGCCCUGGCUUCCCGCCGCGAGGACCCCAGGUGUGGGCAGCCUCGGCCCAGCCGGCUUGACCUUGACCUGCCGGGUAGCCAGGCCGAGCCGCCGGCCCGUGAAGCCACAUCCGCUGACGCCCGCGUGCGUACCAUCAAGCUGUCACCUACCUACCAGCACGUGCCACUGCUGGAGGGUGCCUCAAGGGUGGGUGCAGAGCCCCUCGCGGGGCCUGGAACCUCUCCAGGGGCGCGGAAGCAGGCCUGGCUGCCGGCAGACCACCUGAGCAAAGUUCCUGAGAAGCUAGCAGCCGCCCCGCUGUCCGUGGCCAGCAAGGCACUGCAGAAGCUGGUGGCGCAGGAGGGACCGCUCUCCUUGUCCCGAUGCAGCUCCCUUUCCUCACUGUCCUCUGCCGGCCGCCCAGGCCCCAGCGAGGGCGGUGACCUGGAUGACACUGACUCCUCUCUCGAGGGGCUGGAGGAGGCGGGCCCCGGCGAGGCUGAGCUGGACAGCGUGUGGCGGGCACCCGGGGCCACCUCGCUGCCCGUAGCCAUUCCGGCUCCCCGGCGCAACCGAGGCCGGGGCCUGGGGGUGGAGGACGCCACUCCGUCCAGCUCCUCAGAGAACUACGUGCAGGAGACACCGCUGGUGCUGAGCCGCUGCAGCUCUGUGAGCUCGCUGGGUAGCUUCGAGAGCCCGUCCAUUGCCAGCUCCAUCCCCAGUGACCCUUGCAGCGGGCAGGGCAGCGGCACCAUCAGCCCUAGCGAACUGCCCGACAGCCCCGGGCAGACCAUGCCUCCCAGCCGGAGCAAGACGCCGCCGCUAGCGCCCGCGCCGCAGGGUCCCCCCGAGGCCAGCCAAUUCAGCCUGCAGUGGGAGAGCUACGUGAAGCGCUUCCUGGACAUCGCCGACUGCCGAGAGCGCUGCCGGCUGCCGUCGGAGCUGGACGCAGGCAGCGUGCGCUUCACCGUGGAGAAGCCGGAUGAGAACUUCUCGUGCGCCUCGAGCCUCAGCGCGCUGGCCUUGCACGAGCACUACGUGCAGCAGGACGUGGAGCUGCGGUUGCUGCCCUCGGCCUGCCCAGAGCGCGGCGGGGGCGCAGGGGGCGCUGGCCUCCACUUUGCAGGGCACCGGCGGCGGGAGGAGGGGCCGGCGCCCACGGGUUCUCGCCCCCGCGGUGCCGCGGACCAGGAGUUGGAGCUGCUGCGGGAGUGCCUGGGGACCGCCGUGCCUGCCAGGCUGCGCAAGGUGGCCUCGGCGCUGGUGCCAGGUCGCCGCGCGCUCCCCGUGCCCGUCUACAUGUUGGUGCCCGCCCCUGCCCCGGCCCAGGAGGACGACUCCUGCACCGACUCCGCGGAGGGCACGCCAGUCAACUUCUCCAGCGCCGCCUCCCUCAGCGACGAGACACUGCAGGGACCCCCCAGGGACCAGCCCGGGGGACCAGCGGGCAGGCAAAGACCCACCGGGCGCCCCACCUCUGCCAGGCAGGCCGUGGGGCACCGGCACAAAGCGGGAGGCGCCGGCCGCAGCGCGGAGCAGGCUCGGGGCACCGGCAAGAACCGAGCAGGGCUGGAGCUGCCCCUGGGCCGGCCCCCGAGCGCCCCCGCAGACAAGGACGACUCGAAGCCCGGCCGGACCCGUGGGGACGGUGCGCUCCAGUCGCUGUGCCUCACCACGCCCACCGAGGAGGCCGUGUACUGCUUCUACGGCAACGACUCGGACGAGGAGCCCCCGGCAGCUGCGCCCACGCCCACCCACCGGCGCACAUCGGCCAUCCCCCGCGCUCUUACCCGCGAGCGCCUGCAGGGCCGGAAGGAGGUCCCUGCCCCGUCCAAGGCCACACCAUCCGCCCCGCCGCCCGCCCGGGCCCAGCCCAGCCUCAUUGCUGACGAGACCCCGCCGUGCUACUCCCUGAGCUCCUCCGCCAGCUCCCUCAGCGAGCCCGAGCCCCCGGAGCCGCCCUCCGUCAGUCCACGAGGCCGGGAGCCCGCGGUCACCAAGGACCCGGGCCCGGGAGGCGGACGCGACAGCUCGCCCAGCCCGCGGGCCGCGGAGGAGCUUCUGCAGCGGUGCAUCAGCUCGGCCCUGCCCAGGCGCCGGCCCCCUGUGUCCAGCCUGCGGCGCCGCAAGCCCCGAGCCACCCGGCUGGAUGAGCGGCCUGCGGAGGGAUCCCGGGAGCACGGCGAGGAGGCAGCGGGCUCAGACCGGGCCUCUGACCUGGACAGCGUGGAGUGGCGCGCCAUCCAGGAGGGCGCCAACUCCAUCGUCACGUGGCUGCACCAGGCAGCAGCUGCCACACGCGAGCCCUCGUCCGAGUCCGACUCCAUCCUGUCCUUUGUAUCCGGGCUGUCGGUAGGGUCUACCCUACAGCCCCCCAAACACAGGAAGGGACGACAGGCGGGGGGCGAAAUGGGCAGUGCCCGGCGGCCAGAGAAACGGGGCGCAGCCUCGGCCAAGACGAGCGGGAGCCCCCGUUCCCCUGCAGGCCCGGAGAAGCCACGUGGCACACAGAAGACCACGCCCGGGGUGCCAGCUGUGCUCCGGGGACGAACAGUAAUCUAUGUGCCCAGCCCGGCACCUCGUGCCCAGCCCAAAGGGACCCCCGGCCCCCGCGUCACACCGCGGAAGGUGGCGCCCCCUUGCCUGGCACAGUCCGCAGCUCCAGCCAAAGUCCCCAGCUCCGGACAGCAGCGGUCGCGGAGCCUACACCGGCCUGGGAAGACCUCGGAGCUGGCGGCGCUGAGCCAGCCCCCCAGGAGCGCUACACCGCCCGCCCGCCUCGCCAAGACCCCCUCCUCCAGCUCCUCCCAGACCUCGCCCGCCUCCCAGCCCCUGCCCAGAAAGCGCCCCCCGGUCACCCAGGCUGCAGGGCCCCUGCCCGGCCCCGGGGCCUCCCCAGUGCCCAAGACGCCGGCGCGCACCCUUCUGGCGAAGCAGCACAAGACGCAGAGGUCGCCCGUGCGGAUCCCGUUCAUGCAGAAGCCGGCCCGGCGGGGGCCGCCCCCGCUGGCUCGGGCAGUCCCGGAGCCCGGCCCCAGGGGCCGGGCGGGGACCGAGGCUGGCCCGGGGGCGCGCGGUGGCCGCCUGGGCCUGGUGCGCGUGGCCUCGGCCCUCUCCAGCGGCAGCGAGUCCUCCGACCGCUCAGGCUUCCGGCGACAGCUGACCUUCAUCAAGGAGUCACCGGGCUUGCGGCGCCGCCGCUCCGAGCUAUCCUCGGCCGAGUCCGCGGCCUCUGCCCCCCAGGGCACCUCGCCCCGUCGCGGCCGGCCCGCGCUGCCCGCGGUCUUCCUCUGCUCCUCGCGCUGCGAAGAGCUCCGAGCGGCACCCCGGCAGGCCCCGGCCGGGCAGCGGCCCCCCGCGGCCCGACCCGGCCCUGGCGAGCGCCCUGCCCGGCGCACCAGCUCCGAGAGCCCAUCCCGCCUGCCCGUGCGCGCGCCUGCCGCCCGGCCCGAGACGGUCAAGCGCUACGCGUCGCUGCCGCACAUCAGCGUGGCCCGCAGACCCGACAGCGCCGUCCCGGCUGCCCCAGCCCCAGCCGACGCCGCGCGCCGCAGCAGCGACGGAGAGCCCCGCUCGCUCCCCAGAGUGGCUGCGCCGGGCACGACGUGGCGGCGCAUCCGAGACGAAGACGUGCCCCACAUCCUGCGCAGCACGCUGCCCGCCACGGCCCUGCCACUGCGGGGCUCCACGCCCGAGGACGCCCCGGCCGGGCCCCCGCCGCGCAAGACCAGCGACGCUGUGGUCCAGACCGAGGAGGUCGCUGCCCCCAAGACCAACUCCAGCACGUCCCCGAGCCUGGAGAGCAGGGAGCCCCCCGGGGCCCCCGCUGGCGGCCAGCUCUCCCUCCUUGGCAGCGACGUGGACGGGCCCAGCCUCUCCAAGGCUCCCAUCUCCGCACCCUUCGUGCACGAGGGCCUGGGGGUCGCCGUGGGGGGCUUCCCCGCCAGCCGGCACGGCUCCCCCAGCCGCUCGGCCCGAGUACCCCCCUUCAACUAUGUGCCCAGCCCCAUGGUGGUCGCAGCCACCACCGACUCGGCCGCGGAGAAAGCCCCGGCCACCUCCUCCGCCACCCUCCUGGAAUAGUGGCCUAGGCCGGCCUUCUGGAACGUUCUCUCCCGGCCCUGCGGCCGGCUCUGGCUGCCCCAUAGGCCUGCGCUGUAGAUGUUCCCCGUAGGUCGCCCCAGGGCCUCUGCCCACCCGAGCCCCACCACCCUCAGAGCCCCCGCCCAGUGCACUGCGGCCUUGCGCCUCACCGGAAGACCUUGCCUCUGUAUUGCGGGGGUCCAGGAGGAAACAGGGCGGCCGCUGGGCCUCAAGUCCCGGCCGUGGAGCGCUGGUAAGGGCGCCCGGGCCCAGCCCUGAGCGCGCGGCCCUUCCCCUGUCGGGAGCCGCUGCCUGACCCCGGGCGAGGGAGGCGGCAGCCUUCGGGUCCGGGUCUGGGUUCCCGCUGCUUCGCAGGGGCAGCGCUGGGGAGGGGACGGCGCCCGCCGCAGGUGCGGCGAGGCUUGGGGAGGGCGGCGCCACGGCGGGCCUGCCAGCUGGGGGCCUCCGCGGCGCGCAGGGGCGAAGCCUGUAAUCACGGCAGCCGCGGGUAAUUCGCUAAUGAGGGCUUUGCAGGGUUUGUUUUCCUUCUCAGCCCCAGCUGUAGGAAUGCGAGGUGGGGGUGUGGCCGAUCCCCGGCAGGAAGCCCCGCCCAGACGGUGUUCAGGGAACCCGGAGCCCAAGCGCUCCGGCGGAGCCCAAAAGGGUGGGAGGGGCAGGGGCCAACGGAUCCCCCUACCUGCUGCACCCCUUGGCGGAAGACUGGAAGGCAGCGGGCUGCGCACGAUGGGACCCUGGUGCAGACACCGGGCCGGCUGACAUUUGGACCCCAGCCCAGAGAUGCUGGCUACCAGCUGGGGCGACCCCAAGGGUCGCUGGAGUCAGGAUCGGCCCGGCCGAGCCGCGGCAGGCGAGGUCAAUGGAAAGAAGACUGAGGGGAGUCCCGGCAGUGAGCCCGAGGGUCUGGGACCUGGAGGCCGCCAUGGCCUCUCCCCAGCGGAGCCGGCACAUUACGGAGACCAUCACAUGUGGGCGUGGUCAGUGCCCAGGACUGCACUGCUGCUGAUCUUGUCCCUUUUCAAUUCCCUUCUGGUUCAUGACGUGCUAGACCCUAAGACUCCAGAGACAGCACAGCUGGGGCAGGGACAGCUAGGACCCAGCCUUGCCUUCCACUCGGGGCGCUGGAGGAGGCCGGAGGUCCGGGGGCCUUCCAGCAGGCGAACGCAGGGCUGGGGAGUACUUAGUGCCAGAUGAGGUGAAAGCUGACAGAGGGGCCUGGGGGGCUUGGCUGCCUCAUCCCCUGGCCGGGGAGGAUGGGAGCUGGGUCUCCUGCGUGGGGUGGGACUCGCAGGGGCCGGGGCUCUGGGACUGGGGCAACGCCUCAUCCUGCAGAGGGAGCCGACGACCUCUUUUCUGCAGAAUCCCAGCUGGGGCAGGUGCUGCCUUCACACACGAAUCUGCCCAGGCGGACGGCACACACUCACUGCCCAAUGUGCCUUCUCUGGGAGGAGAGAAGCGGAGUUUGAGGGUUGGGUGGGUGGAGCUCAGAAGGAAACUCCAGCCCCAUCACGGACACCACCAUCCCUCCCGUCCUGUCCCCAGCGUGUGCAAGGCCAGCCUUUCUGGCAGAAGGAGCUGUCCUCAACUCAGGGUCACUGUGAGAGAAGCUGACCCUAGCCCCCACCCCCAGUUAACGCUGCUGCUUCUCUGAAUGCAUGUCAUGUUGCACCCCAUGCUCUGGACCCGCGCCCUGCAGGAUGAGGAGCUCCAGGCAAGACGUCUCUAAGCCACCAAGGCGCACCACCCAGCAGGUGCUGGAGGUGCCCAAUGCUCCCUCCUAGGACCUCGCAGCCAGGCGAGGCUGUCAGGUUGUUUCGGCGGAAGAGGGGGUCAUGGGUGGCUGAGCAGAGAGUGGGGAGAAUGCAGGCUGAGUGGGGCGAUCUCCUGCCUGCCAGGAGCCCCCUUUCAGGACCCAGCGGGGAUCUCACACUUGCAGUCCCCAUCCAUGGCCUGAGGGGGAGCCUGGUGGUCUCUUCCGAGCUUUUGGACUUGGGGAUGCCAAACACGUGCUCACCCUCAUGCUCGCCCUGGCCAGCUGCACCUCUAAUCGUCAAGGGGUAGGGCGCAGACAGCCACUAGGUCGCUGGUGACAGGGCCAGGGUUGUGCAGGAAGGAGGUGCAGCACUGCCUUCCAGACACGGUAAGUCUCUGGGCGGCGCUCUCCCGGCUCCCUGCCUCUGUUUCCCCAUGUGGGCCGUGGGGAACUCCCAGAGCUACCUCUGGGGGGAGCAUGGUGGCAGCGAUGAUGGGGAGACACCUGGUGCUGCUCACAGAACUUGGGUCUGGCCGGCCCCUGCCCCUGCCCGUGCUGCCUUGCCCAGUAGCAGGGAGUGGAACCUGGCCACCGGCCCCGCCCCCCACCCCGAGUCCCAAGCUCACUUUCGCCUUCUCCAUCCCCUGCCGCAGGGGCCACAACCACACCUCACUGCCCAGUCCAGCUGUCUCCAGGAGGGGACAGGCAGUUGGUGGCCUCUGGACAAUUGACUCAAGGUACGCCCACCGCAAGGCCUCCCCCCAGUGCGGCCCCUGCCUGGCCACCGGCCUCGCUGCACCAGGGCCACAAGGGAUCGUCUGCCCUGACACUCCAGGGCCAGAGUCCUAAGGAACUGAGGGUCUGAGGACGCAGGGAGGGUGGAAGUGUCCUGAGGCUGAUGGACAGUGACUGCCACUGGCCCCCAAGACCACCACACGUGGGUGCUGAACUCGGGCUGCCGUGCCCACUGGCGUGGUCCUCCCGAGCUCUGACAGCAUUACCUCACCCCGCCCCAUCUGUUGCCCCGGUCCAGCCCUGACGACGCACGCCUGGUCUGUCUCGGAUUCCCCUAGCUGCCACCCCACGUUUCUGUACCGGGUCUCUUGAGUGUUAAACGAAUGUGUAAAUAGUAACACCCUGUCCUCCCCUAAAUGUAAAGCCAUCUGUCCGGCGUAAGGACACCGUCAGCUGUCCGACUCCCGCGCACAUUUAAUAAACUGAGCUGUUGAAUUGCC